GUCCUCCCGAUUUGUUGGUUAAUGCCGCUUUUGCUUCUCUCUCUCAAUGUUGGUUUCCAAGAACCCCGCCUUGGCACUAGGCAGCACCAAAACUUGCCCAGUGGACUAGUUGGACACUGGGUUCAAUGCAAUUCCAUUUCUCUCCACCUGAUUGAGCAACGUCUUCUAUUAUCUCUUCAAAUUCAGAUUCUCAACUCAGGUAACUAUUCUUACCUCAACUCAGAACUAGGAACAUCAUGUGAAAUGUCAUCUAGAUUAUAAAGGGCCACUUACAAUCUCAGAAUCUCCUUCUGUCUUACCAAACCCCCAAAUUUGAUGGAGCUGGAGUGGAUAUUCUUUGAAUUUUAACUUGCAACCAAAACCUACUUCUCCUCCAUCUUCCCUCCUCCAAUGGCUGCCUACAUGUCACCAUUUUUCCUAUCCUUCUCUUUUACAAAUACCCCUUUCAGAGCCUUGCCCAACCGUCUGAAUACUAAUCCUUCUAUUUCCCAUGACAAGCAAGCUCUUGUCAAUUCCAAGCCAAUCUUGGCAUAUCAAACUUUGGAUUUUCCAGGCUAUCAUCGUCUCUCUGCUUCUCCUUUUGCGGCAACUAAAGCCUCUUCACAUUCGUAUUGUGACACAACUGAUGAUGAAGAAAUAUUGCCGUCCUUCUAGGAGAAGCCAGCCAAGUUUCUGUUUUGGGUCGUGUUCUGGGCUUUUCUCUCUUGCUUGGUUUGCAGCUUCAGCGAAUGCUAAUGCUGCUGUACAUUCCAUCAAAGCCUCCAGCUUUGGGCUAAAGAUUGCUAGCGCUCUUUGAGGUUUGGGCUGGCCUGAUGAGAUGCAACUUAAGCCUCUAACUCUUAACGGUGUUAUCUAUUAUUUGGUUAGUAUCAUUUUGCUUAUUACGACCAUUUCUCCCGAUAUGGCUACUUUUAACAACAAGCUUAGGAGUUUACUGUAUCAUUACUAGUGCAAAAUCACAUUGGUUGAAAAAAAAAAAAAAAACAAUCAGCUCCAGAUUAACAAUUUUUGGGGUUCUAAUUGCAGGAACAUGGUUCCUAUGCCGUUCAUUACACUUUACUAGAAGAAAUUUGCUUCUUUCCUGGCUGGAAAGAACCAGUCGGCAUCUCGAUUCUUUGACAUGCUGUUUGAGAAUGGCAAACAGGAGGCUGGCCCUGUGGAAGAGUUUCAGAGGCUUGGCCUGAUGCUUUUUGUAGCCGUUCCUUUCCUGGUACUGGAGCGUGGACCGGAGCCACCAUCGCUUCUAUUCUUGAUAUGCCGCCCUGGCCGGCUGUAUCAGGAAAUUUUUGGUGUUGUAUUGGCUGGGUUGCCGGUGAAUUUACUGGUGAACCUGGUUCUCAAGUAUGCAAUUGUUACUGGUAUCAUCCUCUUCUUGAUAUCCACUUUUAUGUGGUUUAUCCUUCGAAAUAUAGGAAGUCUUUGUGCUCCUCAAACAGAUGUGUUCAGUUGGUGGAUUAAAUCACACAUUCCUCUCAAGACUCAAGAGCAGUAAAAACAGCGAUUUAUAUUUUUCCAAUUUGUAUAAUGUCACUUAGGAGUUGGUAGCAGUUUAUUCGUUAUUUUGCCACCUUUGAUUUUGUGCAGGGGGUUGGUUUCACUGAUUGUGUUGCACAAAAUCUAUAUUCUUGAGGGAGAUUUUUCCUUCCUCUUUUUCUUUUGGGAACUGUUUAGAAGAUUUUGAUAUUGAUGCUCUCAAAACUGAGGCAAAUUAUGAAUUCAAUCAAAAUCUCAGUUAGGGAGACUGUAGUUUUCAGGAGUUUAUGAAUGAUACCAAUUCUUUA